ACUCUCCUUCUUGCUCUGUUUCUCUCUCUAUCUCUAUAUUUAUAAUAUUCAUUCUCAUACAAAAUUCAAACUAUUUCAUAUUUCCAGACUACAACAAUGGAGGACAUUGAUUCUUUAUGGACAAUUCAUGAGAGUGCCGAUGAACUGAAAAUGAAGCUGCAAUACAUGACAUAUGAAUUAGAAUGUACUAGAAGGGAAACAGAUGAAGAAAUCCAGAAGAAUAAUGAGCAAAUUAAGAAGCUUCUUCAGCUUUUACAAAUAGCAUGUAAGGAAAGAGACGAAGCUAAAUCUCAAUUAAAGAAAUUUCAACAAAUUCUUGCAUUAAAUCAAAAACCCAUUAAUAUUUCAGCUCCUUUUUCUCCUGAUAGUCCGCUUUUGACCAAUAAUUUCCCAUCAAAACCUAAUUCUAGCAUCACUGAAUCAAGCAGUUUUUCUCAAUCUCUUGUUUCAUCCCCAAUUGUUGAUUCAAUUUCAUCUCCUGAUUCUAACAACAUUGUUUUUAGUAAACCUCAAAUGAUUGUAACCCAAACACCCACCAAAAUAGUUGAUCAAGAAUCAUUGAUUAUUGCAAAUUUGGCCAAUGGUAGGCCCCUCCCAAGUAAGGGGAACCUUUUACAGGCAGUGCUCGAGGCGGGCCCACUUCUUUCUACGUUAAUGGUAGCGGGUUCGCUACCUCAAUGGCGUAACCCGCCCGGUGUUCUCACUCAUCAAAUCCCUCCUGUGAAUCUCAAACUUAAAGGUUGUAUUGGUGCCAGCACGGACACCAACACGAACACGAACACGAACACGCAGGCGCACAUGAACACGAGUUCGUGUGUGCCUAAUGGUAAUAGUACUACACAAAUGUAUAAUAGGAAUGUCCCUUAUUCUAAUGGGACAUUAGGGAUGUGCCCAAUUUCUAUGUUGGAUUUUGGGAGUGGAUCAUGUUUAAUGGGUGGGAGAAUGAGUAUGAAUAAUUCAAAUGUGGGUUUUGAUUAUCAGAUUCCUAAGAGGCAGAGGAUAGUUUAAUUUAAUUAGAAUUUUUGAUGUUUUAAUUAAAUACUUAAUUUUUUUUUUCUAAUUUAUGGACAUGUUUUGGUAUGUAUACUUUUGCAGAAGUAGAACUGCUUGUAUAAAUGAUCAGAUUAUUUUUAAGUUUAUUCCUAUGGGCAAAUGGCUUAAUUAGCUUC